AUGAACUACGCUGUUGACAUCUCCAAAGUAGCCACCGAUGCGCUCCACACCCACGAUAUCAUCCCAGACGUGGUGAAGAGCAACGACUUCAAGCCCUGGGGUUUGCUGGCCGCUGAAUACUCCGCUAGCGCUCCUGUGGCGAUGGGUAACACACUGGCUGUGGAGGAAACGCAGCUCAAGCCCAAAGUGCACUUCACUUUGGACCCCAAGUCAGAAUUCAAGAUCAAGGACUCCGACCUUUUCACAUUAGUGAUCACAGACCCCGAUGCUCCUUCCAGAACUGACAAAAAAUGGAGUGAAUAUGCCCACUACGUCGAAACUGACAUCAGAUUGCCCUUUGAGUACCAACACGGCACCAGCUCGCCAGUUCCGGACUUUGUAGCGUCGCAAUUGACCAACGGUAAGUCUUUGCUCGAAUAUCAGGGUCCAGCUCCUCCCAGCGGGACAGGAAAACACCGCUACGUUUUCCUGCUCUACAAGCAACCUGGGGACUCUUCUUCCUUCACCAAAAUCGUCGACAGACCAAACUGGGGCUUUGGCACUCCAGCUACUGGCGUUGACAAGUGGGCCACCGAGAACCAUCUCCAAUUGAUCGCCGUCAACUUCUUCUUUGCUCAGACCAAAUGA